UUCGAGAUACUUUAAACGUCCCGAUUAAAUACUUCCCACAAAACAUCCGCAUAUGAGCAAUCCGCACUCGUAAACUAGUUCACGUGAUAAUAAAUUAAAUUUCUUUUGUCGUGUGUGCGAAGUUCCAAGAAGAGUUUUCUCAUUUCUUUAGUCCUUGCGGGUUUUUUAGAAGCUUUCUUUUUUUUUGGUCGAGUUCUUUUUUUUUUUUUGGCAAGCUAAGUAUUAUGCCAUAGUUUUAUUCAUCCGUUAGUUAGUAAUGUGCGAGAUAUGAUGUCAUUUUUCAUGAGAUUUACUUUACAUAUUAUUUACGCAAAAAAUAUCAUUUUAUGAAAAGAAAAAAGAAAAGCCGGAUAGUGAUUCAAAUAUUUAUUUAUCCUUGUGUGUAAGGAUAAUUAAAAAUCUCACAACUUGUUAAAUUAAAACAAAAUUAAAUAUAAAAUGUUAUUUUAAGCUUAUAAUUAACAAAUUGUAUGCACAGAUUUUAAAGGAAGGAUAUGAAUUGUUCAGAGUAAAAGGAUUACUUUUUAUGGAAUAAUGGAUACAAAUAUGGAUAAUUUACUAAAACUUGUGCUGUUAGUUUUUCUAAUAUUAAUUGUCUCAACAUCUGGAUCUGACCAAAGCAACGUACUUACUCUCGCUCCAUCUUCCGAUGAAAUCAGCCAUUUUGUAAAUUCUUCCUUCAUUAUAUUUUGUAGAUCUAAUAAUACAGAUUUAAAACCUCAAUGGAAAGGUCCAUUGGGUAUAGAAAUAGAUAACUAUAAAGGACGAGUACACAUUGAAGAGAAUCCUGGCCAGUUGGCACUCGUUUUUGAACAUAUCGAUGUCAUUGACAGAGGUACCUGGGCAUGCCGUACUACUGAGAGCGACAAUGACUAUUAUCAAAAGUCCUUCCAACUCCUUGUAAAUCAGAAAAUAUCCUUUGAGGAAACUGAACAAGUGCAAUCGGUAAUGGAGAACAGAGAUGCCACAGUUUCUUGUAAAGUAAGAGGUGACCCAAAACCCACAAUAUCCUGGUACAGAAAUGGUGAUCCGAUAAAAUUUCCAAGUACGAAAUUCAAACAAUUGUCUGAUGGACUUUUUAUUAAAUCAGUUACGGAAACAGACGAUGGAGAAUACACCUGCCGGGCUUUUCAAAUCUCAGAAACCGUGACAGAUGUUCAGGAUAAAACUAUUUUACUUCGAAUUCAAAAAAAACCGCAUUGGUCUAGCAAUGAAACAAUAAAUAACUAUUACGCCUACUUGGGUGGCUUCGUUAAUUUAUCAUGCGAAGCAAUUGCCGAGCCACCCGCAUCUUUCACUUGGAUUUAUGACAACAAGGCAAUCAGUAGCAACAUCAAAUCGGAUUAUAGAAUUUUUUAUGAAUUGCACAGCUCGGUGUUGGAAAUCAAUGUUAGAAACGAAAACCAAUUCGGUGAAUAUAAAUGCAAAGUUGCAAAUCCAUUGGGCCAUCUGGAACGUACAAUUCGGCUUAAAAGAGGACACAAGCCAGUUGCACCAUCCAAGUUUCAAUUACGUCGAGUGUUUUCGGAUGCAUUUGAAUUGGAUAUACGUUCGGUAAAAUACACGGAUAUUCCAGAAAAUAUGAAUACCAUGGGAUAUAGAGUGGAGUACAUGUCGGAGAAUGAAUUCAAAUACGCUGCCGGUAAUUGGACCUUUGCUGCAAGGACAGAUUUUAAUUUUGUUAGAGGAGUUCGAUUUGUAGUCAAUGGAUUAAACAAAAACACAACAUAUUACAUGAGAGCUGCUUGUAUGAAUUUGGCUGGUUUAAGUGAUUGGACGAAAGUAUCGAUAUUUACAACUUUAGCAAAUGGUGCAGCAAAGACAAUUGUGUUCACAACAAAUAUGUCCAUUAUUUUGAGUAUGGUAUUGAUUUAUAAUUAUUUCAAAAUGUGAAAUUGAAUUUUUAUUUCGAAUCUUAAUUUUUAUUUUAAAUUUCUGUGAUAAAUUUUGUACUAAUUUAUACUGAAAAUGUUAAUUAAAAAAAAAUCAAUUGUUA